AUGUCCCAGAGACAAAAAACUAAGCCAACGAGGGCGGACAAAGCGUCCUUUUUCCAGAUGAAAGCCACACCGCAAAAAGCGCGGGAAGGCGCCGAACAAGAUGGUGGCCCGCCGCGAUCGCGGGAGGGCUCUCCUACAUCCCCAGCCUCCCCAGCAACAAAUACUGAGGACCAGCCACUCACAGUGGCAACUAUGAGAG